GAGUCGUUAUAACAGGAUUCUACUGUACAUAAAUUUGGUGGCAUUAUUUCAGUGUAUUUUUUUCGGCACGUCGCAAUAUCCGGUUGAAUUGUGAAAAAUUUCGUCGGUAUGAGUGGUUUGUCGCCAAAAAAAACGUACUAAGCGGAGGUCCUUUCAUAUAAGUUUGUAUGCCAUCGAGUUUUCGUCACAAAACCCCGACGGACACUGUAAGCUGAGUCGUUAUAACAGGAUUCUACGGUAUUUCCAAACCUAAAUUAAACGACAAAAUUUAGCAACGACCGGUCUAGCUUGUCAACUGGUCUAGAGAUUCCAUUAAAUACUUUCUUGUGUUCAUGCUUUAUCACUGGCCUAAUUCAGUUGACGGAUAUAUCAUAAAACCAGCUGUUCUAUAUGGCAAAAUACCAAAAAAAAAGAUGCCUGCCAGUAUAAGUGGCAAUGAAAAAACGUUUCAAAAUUGUUAAAAGUUUGGAAAUGGUGAAGUAAAAAUCUGAUUUUGAGCUUGGAAAACAUAUGCAAUAAACACAUACAAUAAUGCACACAACGCAAAAGUUAUGCGGACAAUGCAUAAAUUCGUUUAAAAAGAUGACACGAGGAUUGGAGCAGUAAGGAGCGCGACCGUUUACACGCAAUGUAAAUGGAAUAUUUAUUUCAGCUCGAUGAACCAAUAUUAAAUUCUGCUUAGAACAAAGCAAAAUUAAAACAAAAAAAGGAAUAAGAAGGCUAAUACAUUGUGUUAGAUAAAAAAAAAACAAAUUAAUUUUUUAAUUUUCUAACACAUUUAUUCGUAAUUAUGUGUGUACAAAUCGACGUCUGUAAUUUUGUGGGUAUAGUAGUCGUGAGUUUCGCAACAUACGUCAGUACUUCGAGUCUUUCGAGCCAAGCAAAAAGGAUUGUAAGUGGGUUUCGUAAUGCAGUGAAAAGCAACCCACUGGUGGGUUGCGGGUAGAUUUUGGGUGGGUUCUAAUUGUCGUAUAGAUCUUGCAAUCUUUCGUGUAGAUGGGUCGCGGUCCCGACAAAAUUUGGAAACACUGUUCUAGAUACAUAUACGUAUUACUGGUCAGAGCGAUCAGACCAGACAAUAUAUUUUUAAUAAUGUUUAUUUUUGUCGUUGGAUUUCUUUUAUAUUUGAUCUAGCAAGUCUUUCCAUAAUAGAGACGUACGAUGUCCAGAUACACACAUAAGUUUGACUGACCAAAGCCUUUGUUUAGUAUGUCUCGAACUGCGUUAGAAAUCACAGUUUAAGUGGCAAAAUGUCAAUGAAGAAAAUCUAUAUUUUGAUUUGCGUUUCUGAUCGCAGAUCUCUUUUUUUUUUUGUUUAUUUGUAAAGGCAGCAACAGAAACAUUGAAAAUAUCGAUCGCCCAACGACACUAACACACCGACAGUUGACCAUCGCAAGACGCACACUUUCGCAUCUUGCGGCGAAUUCACUUGGCCAUAGUUCUGUGCAGUAAUAGUCUCCGAAGUGCUCAGUUUGGGGAGUGUUUUGUUGGGUUCGUUGUUCUUUGUUUUUUUUUUUUUUUUUUUUUUUGCUUAAGUGAAUCUUGGAGCAUGUGCUCGUGAAUAGAGAUGAACAAUGAGCGCCAAUCGCACUACCGAUAGCCUGAUUUGCGAAAACUCAGCCCCUCUUAACUCUUAACGCUAUAUUUGCUAAUUGUUUACUAGUGUGGUUCACGGUAAAAACGGCGUAAAAGAAAAAUUCAGCUAGUGAUGUGCCGAUUAAUGCAGUCGUAUGGUAUCGGAUUAUUGCAAAUACGGUUACGCGGGUUCGAAUUCGUAGUACCAAGCGCAUCUUUAUAUUUUUUUUUUUUCAAAAAACACUGCUUUAAUUUCACUUUCCGCCAACGGAUUUCGAAGUUUAACAAAAAAAAACGCAACCUUUGCGUAUUUCAUAUUAUUUUGUGCUGUUUUUGGCGUGGACCGCAAAACUUAACAAUUGCCCUAUAUUUAAUCGGUAACACGAUUAAGCGCGCUAUGUAAAUAACAUUGUAACCUAACGACGAAUGGUCCAAAUUUUGUAUGUAUAAAAAAAAUUAAUUAAAAGCGAUAUGUUUAUCCGUAACACAUUAGAAAAUAUCGAUUGUUAUCGCAACCACCGCGUUCGGAUUCGGCGCCACAGUUGUUGUUGUCAUUCAUUUUGACGACGCCGCGAACUUUACAUGUGUGCUGCAUUUAAUUGAACUGUUUUAUUAGUUAGGAAACAAUGAGUAGUUUCCAGAAAUAAAAAUGGCAUGCUAAUAUGUGCCACUUGCAAUGUUGCAUAUCUGGAGGAACUCUUGUAAUAAUCCAAACCCCCCACAGAGGAGUCAAAUCCGGAUCGUGCUAGCAGUGCCUGCAGAAGGAUGGACGGAAGCGAUGACGAUGUGGUGGUGGUGAACUGCAAGUCCAAGGAUGAGCGUCUGAAGGAGAUACGCUCGUUUGUGCCCUUCAUCAAGCGUGUGCAGAUGAGCUACCAGCACAAUCUUUCCAAGGUUCAGGCUAACCGACUUAAGGCACUUAUAAUUCUGCUGGAUCGCGAAAUUGUAUCCGAGAGCACGCAAGAUAAAAUUGAGCGUGUCAUCGAGAAGCUAAAGACGAAGUUCGCGCCGCUCUUGGAUAUCGAAUCGAAGGACACGGAAGUCAUCGAAAUCAGCGACCAUGAGCACAGAAGCGAAACCGGCUCGCCGAGCUCGUCCUGUCACUCGAGCUAUUCCGUACAGCCGCCUGCCCAGAAGUCAGGAAAAGGAGAGGGUUCCAAGUCGAGCGGCUCUCUCCCCAGCUCAUCAAUGGCCGCCAAGCAAAUGUCUACGCCACCAGAAGUACGGGAGCCGGGGCCCAGUAACACCGGCCCCACAUCCUUGACCAAUACUUUAGGCUCCUCGGCCAGCACAAAGACGCCUAACACCAAGCCAUCCGAUGAGCGGCGUAGGUCUGAAUCGGAACCACCUGCCACAAGUGAAGUUCAUGAUGUAAAUGUUGCAGCCAUUUCACAGCCGAAAUUCAAAAGGAAAGCUGAAACGGGGCCCAAUAUCCCGGCCAAUCGCGGAGUGUUGGCUGCGAUGCAAGAGGCGCGCAUUGAGGAGAAGAAGCAGCGGGCCAACGCCCAGCAAACAAUUUCACCGCCAUCAACCAAAGAUUCAGGUGGAGCAGUUCCGCCGGAGGCCAACUUCUCACGCCGAACCUAUACACCCAGUCCUGUGGAAGCUGCUACAUCGCCGCCGUUUUCACGUCGUUUGCCGGCGCAGCCGGAGACCGUAGACUCGCUGAAUUUUGUGCGCAGAAGCUCGCCGCUCGUUGUAGCCGCUCCCUUGUUGGAGGUCUGCCAAAGUCAUGCCGAAAAAGAUGCCGGCAGCCCUUUGUUGCCAAUGGCUUCACCGACUCAGGGUCCCGCAAAUACGCUGGAGGAAGCUCGCAAGAAGCUGGCCGCCAUGAGCGGAGGGACAGGUCAGGAUACGCCGCCACUUGCUUCCAACAUCAACGAUCCGCGAGGAAAAAAGAAAUCAAGCUUGCCCAAGCCCGUUGUUAAUAAUAACAACAAUAACAUCAGCUUGGCACCAGUGACGCCACCACCCGCUGUUCGCUCACCCUCGGCCACUGUUCGAUCGCCCUCGGCCACUAUUCGAUCGCCCUCGGUCAGUAUUCGAUCGCCUUCGGUCACUAUUCGAUCGCCCUCGCCGACAAUUCGUUCACCCUCGCCCAUUCCGCCACCCCCGAGUAUGAAGACUGGUACUUGGGCCCCAUUUUCAAACAUCCCCAUGGAAACCGGCGGAGGUUUUAAUGCUCAGCGUGCUCCUCUGCAGCACAACUUGGAUCUGCCGGGAGAUUCUCGAUCCUAUGACGCUAGUCACGAUCCCAGACGCUUUAAUAGCAAUGAGUCUCGAGAACCGCGCGAUCCUCGCAUCUGGCCGAACAAGUCCGCACAUUCGCGUCAGCAACGACAACAGCAAAAGCAGUUACCGCAACAGACUCAGAUGCCGCCGUAUUCCAGUGACCCGCGUCGUGCUCAAAGCAUCUACCAUGGUUACAAAGAGGCUGCCAAUAGCAGGCAACCGUCAAAUAAUAUUAACCAGAAUGAAACAGUAUCAAGAAAUGCCUUCAGCAAGUUCACCUGGACAAGGACUCAAAACAAUAAUGGUCAUAAUGCCCGAGGCGGGUUCGCGGGUGGCACUCAGAAAGGUAGAGGAGGAAUUUCAGGUGAAUUCAAUGGCUCGUCUAGCUUCAGAGGUGGAUAUGGUGGUGCUCCCAACAUGCGGGGAGGUGGCACCCAGGGUUCCCGCUACGAGCGACCCAACGACGUGCCUCGCACGUACGGGGAGCACCGCAAGGCGAAGGCUGAGGCGGAGGUCAAAGCCAAAGAGGCGGAGACGAGGCGCAGAUUGGAGGCGGAAAUUCUGCGUCAUCUGAAUGCCGAGGAUAGGCAGCGUAACCAGCUGCUGGCAGCUGAGAAGCAGCGAAAGCCGGAGGAAAGUACGGCCGCGGCACAAGCGUCGGUUACAUCUGUGCCGGAAUUGGACACCUCUUACCGCAACUGCGCUCUCAGUCCGUUGACCAAAAAGUUAGACUUUAGGAUACCGAAGAAAACACCCCCGGCAGCAGCAGCAGCAGCAGCAGCACCCACAACACCCACGGCACCUAACCAAGUAAACGAGGAUGUGGACAGCCUGGGAUGUUCCUUAAACUUACCCCCAAGCAAAUCCUGUGAUGCCAAAAAGGAUACAGAUACGAUUAAGAAUACCGAUAAACACUUAGAUAAGGCUGGCAAUAAGGACAAGGUGGAGAAGGGCAAUGAUAAGACGGAAAGCAGUGUAGACAAGUCCAAUAAGCAUCACAAAAUGCAGGAUAAGAAGAACAAACCCGGAAAGAAGGAAAAGAAGAGACUGGAAAAGGGAAACGAGCAGAAAUCGGGAGCAGUUGAAAAGAGUCGUGAACCUUUGGACACGGAAAGCGUUAUCAGCAUCGGCAGCACGGAAAAUACUGACAACCUGGAGAAUGAACCUCCUGUUAGCGAGUCGAACUCUUCUCCCGUUCCAGAGUUAGUUUCGGGGACCACCGAUAGUCAGCAAGCCCAGGCGCCAGCCGCUAAAGAGGUAGCGAGGAAACGCGGGACUCCCACGUCCGAGACCAAUGAAGAAAUUGGCUCAGGGAAGCCAGAAAACGUCAGCAAAGAAACGGAGCAAAACGAUGAGGUUGAAAGCGAUAAGGUCGUUGACGAUGGAAAGCCUCCCACGCUGCCGAAAAUGAAAAUUGUUCUUGGUCGCAAUGCCCACACUUUGAUGGUGCGCAAGGAUGAAGGCGCCCUGGAGAAGGAGCCAAAGGUAACGAAGCACAAGCUUGAUAUAUUUAAUGUGGCCCCACACGACGACGAGGAGGUGCCCGGACCGCCGCCUCACGUUCUGCAUCGAAUCAUGCAGCGGCGUAACUCAAUGGCUCCUACGGCCAGUAGGCCUUUGGUCGACAAAGCGGAGAUCUCUACCAGUCUUCUGUACGAGGAUCUGCAGGAGCAAAAGCGCAGGGCUCAGCAAGCCCGCAGUCUGGCACAUAUUUUUGAGAAAACCAGCGACAAUUGCACUGUGUCUACGCAAAAUAUUAUCACCGGCAAACGUCGCACUCGCGGACUGGAAGCCUCAUUCAACGAGACGCAACUCAGCAGGAACUCUUUCGGUUUGGGCCAAAUAAACCGAUCGAAGCCAAGGAACUCUAAAGCCAAAACUCCUGCUACGAACGCCACGAGGCCUGCAGAUGAUUCUGUUACCGAUGAAGCCAUCGUCGUCCCCGCUCCCGGCCCAGGUCGUAAGCGCAGGAGGCAAACCAUUUCCGUGGAAACACCGGACUCGCAGGUGCAGGCCAAGAAGGCUCGUGUCGAAAGUGGAGAAAAUAAGGAUAAAGUUAAGUCGGAAAAAAGCGUGGAUGAGAAUCCCUCUGAUUCCGCUCCGAUUUCCGUGAUCCAGGCACCGCCCAAACCUCGCGCGAAACCGCGGAAAAAGCGCAAUGAGCUGGACAAGCUUAACGAGGACAUUGCGCAGAUGUACUACGGCGAGGAUGUGCUUCGGGCCACAGGACGGCGAGCCUGCACCCGGCGUUCCCGCACUCCCACGAAGCCGGGGUCCUCUGGCAAGCGCUCCCGCACUCCGUCGCCCAACCUUACUGCUGGCGACAGUAUCUCCGGCGUCAGCCUUAGUCCUACUUUCAUCCGAAACGUGGCGCGAAGAGGGAAACCGUUUACUCCCUCCGCCAGCGGCAUCAAUCGGUCCUGGGUAAAAGCAAAGGAGGAGAAGGCUUCGUCGCUAGCAACCAAGCACUGCCGGGUGAGGAUAAGGAGAUGCGCGCCCUUGGAAAUGCUUAUUAGGAAGCAGAAGGAGCAAAAGAGGCCUCAACCGAAAAAGGGCAACGCGAAGAAGACCGUUCGCAACAUAAACCCCGAGUGGCACUCCACCUCGAAGGCUGUCAUCAAGUGCGUCGUUUGCACGAAGCCGAUCCGCCGGAGUCCGCUCUGUCACUACAUGAUGUUCCACGAGGAGCACUACGCCGCCCGUCUGCCGCCCGGCGUGCUCGACGAGCUACGAGCCGGUCGCGGCUGUCGUCCGGACUAUUGGUUCUCUCAGCGCGGCAUCCACACGUUCCACUACACGUGUCCGUUCUGCCAGAAGCCCCUGCUCCUCAGCCAGCUGGCCCUGGGCGAGCACCUGUCCUCCCACAUGGGCGAGCCGCGCUACGAGUGCUCCCACUGCCAUUAUCCGCAGCACCGGAUGGUAAGAAUGCAGUCGCACGUUGCCGCCUGCGGACCGGGCGCCGAGCUUCUGAGCCAUCCCAACAACGGUCGUAUGCCGAUCACGGUGCUGGUGUGCCAUCUGUGCGAGUUUGUGCAGCAGAACCAGUCGAACAUGCACCGGCAUAUGGUGGAGCAGCACGGCCUGACGGAAAAGGAGCUGGUCGAGGUCGAGCCGGAGAGGGUGGUGAUCUGCAACACGACGGACGUGCCCCAAGAAGAUUCCAACAAGGAUUGCAAGGCCCUCGGGCGAGGAAAGCAGAAUAGCCCCGCCAAGUCAGGUGCAAGUGCAGGCGCCAGGGGUCCCAGCCCCACCACCACGCCGCUUCCUCCGCCGGAAAUAGAGCCCAUUCUCGUAGUCAACGAGUGUCUGUUGUCCGACGUGGAGAUGAACACAGAGCCGGCGGAAGUUGGCGACGAAGAACAGGCCUUGCAAAACGGGAGCAUGAUUGUGGACGAGAAACCUGUCAUGCCGAUCCGCGUGGAUAUCGUCGCAGAUGUGGCGGAACCGGAGCCAACCGUACCACAAAACGAAGAAGAUGAGGAUGUAGACGUGGAGGCAGUGUCUCCGCCGCAGUCGCAACCUGUGCAGCCAACUACCCAGUUGGCCCAGGAGAUUAGCCUGGCCGUGUUGGAUGGGGACCUUCUCGAUGGCAUUGGCAGCGAUGGUUCCGACGCUGAAAUGGAAGACGAAGCACAAAGCCAAGCUGCGAAGGAUUCGGUGGCGGUUGAGGCGGCAGUGAAUGGCGAUAGCGAGGGUGAAAACGUCGAGGAAGACGGUUUUUCUGAUGAUGCCAACGGUUACACUGAUGAUGACGACGACGCACUCACUGACGAGUGGGUGGAUCUGGAGACGGCCCAGCGAAAUUCCAAGCGCUCCAAGAGCAUCUUCCACGUGUUUAGUCGGUUCUGCUCCCGCUUGCACAAGGGAUCCCGACCUGGCAAACAAGUGGCCUCCAAUACGAGCCAGAGCAGUGACGAAGGCAACGACGGGCCGGAUCCCAGCGAGCUGAUGCCCCGCAUGCGGCCUCUAGAGCCUGAGCAGCCGGCGAUGGAAAAGGGUCACUUUGGCCCUGAUCCUGCUCCUGCAGCGGCUUCUUUAGUCCCCUCGCGUCCCAAGGCACCGCCUAAACGGGUGGAGAACGUCGCUUUUCGAAAGGCAUCUUUGGAUGGAGAGCUAAAUAGUCAGGCUUCCUAUUACUGCGUGCAGCCGGGCUGCACUUUCCUCUUUUCAAACGAACUGGAAGGCCUCGAGAAUCACCUUGCGAUAGACCACCCGCAGGUUCGCUGGAGCGGCAAAUGCGCGCUCUGUCCGGGACUUAAAGCGAUAAGCACGACGAUGGGCAGCAUAUCGGAGGAAUUGCGCCACAUGAGAGACGAACACAUGUUGGACAACCCCGCUCUGCCUCCACAACUGCCGGCGGGGGAAGUGCCCGGAAUUGUUUUUCCGGAACCUCAACUAGAACCUCAACCAGAACCUCAACCAGAACCUCAACCAGAACCUCAACCAGAACUUCAACCAGAACGUCAACCAGAACCUCAACCAGAAGUUCAACCAGAACCUGAGCCUGCUCCCGCGCCCGUGCUUCCCAAGCUGCGGGUUCGUCGCUUCACUGGCGAUCGUCUGGCAGAGCCGCCAGCUGAGCAGAGUACACCGGCAGCACAAGUGCCUCCCGCGGAAGAGCAGUUCAAUACGCUGCUGAGGGAGAUGCUGACAGCGGAGCCACGGCCGCCUACCCAGCAGGUGGACUUCCAAGCCGCCGGGUUGGGCGAAUUUCUUUGUGCCAAGCCCAAUUCUCCUCCAAAGGAGUCGGCUGUCGGGCAGCCCGUGAUAAUAAACUACCAGAGUGGCUUGGGGCUGUCCAUCAGCCAGGUCUACAGUGCUGCACUGACUCCAGUGCCGGUGCCAUCAGAGGUCGAAGAAGCUUCGCAGCCUCAACUGCCGACUGCUCCUGCGAACCAGGAGGAGGGCCGCAACCGCUUUCGCUGCAUGGCCCCCAACUGCCUCUUUUCUGCUCACAAGGUCAUGUUCGUUCGGGAGCACAUGAAGUUCCACAGCUUCGGCUUCUCCAACUCCGAAUACCUGUCUUGUGCCUACUGCUCCCACGUGGCCGUCGACGUUGAAGACUACCUGCACCACGGAGUCUUCAUCCACGACUUGGCACCGCGAUCCGAUCUGGAGACCGCAACCGAGCCGCCCUCCGUUACCCAGCAAAUUCGGGACAUGCUCAAUCAGCGAGGCACUGCGGUAAACAACCGCCUUCCAACUGAGAGCCUGGCUGACCAGCAGCCCGUGGGCAAUGUGGCUGCAGCACCAGCAUCGGAAAGUGGGAUGGCAGCCGCUUCAAAUAGUCAGGUUUCCGUGUCUGCAGUUAUCACGGAGCUGCUCGGACCCACGGGAUACAGUGAGGACAAGCUGUACGCCUGCCCCCAAAAGGGCUGCAUUGUGCGACUCACGGAUGAGCAGUUUGUGAACCAUCUGCGCUACCACAUCCGCAGCACCCUCAAGCGGGACAGCGAUCAGGUGAAGUGCAAAUACUGCCACCGUUGGAUGCUUCCGCCGGCACUGCGGACCCACCUGCAGCAGGCCCACGCCCGCCACACCAUCUUCUGCGGCCUGUGCUUGGCCACAGCGGUCAACAAGCGCCUCAUACUGUACCAUAUGAGCACCGUGCACCGCGAGGAGUUCGAGGCGGUCAACCGGCAGCUGCAGUUACUACAGCUGCGGCUGAAGCCCGACGCCUCGGAGAGGCUUCAGCUGCUUCCGAAGACGGAGAAGGCGUGCUCUGUGGCGACAGUCAAGCAGACGUUUGGCGCGCAGGACAUGCAUGAGUUCCAGCGGAAGCUUUUCGAGGAGCUCGAACUGCGACGUCAGGGCAAAAAGAAGUUCUUCCGAUGGUCCGAGGUUCUCCUUCUGCCCCGCGAGCCCGCCUUUCAACAGGCCCUUCACUGUGCGGAGUGCCCCUUCACCUCCACGGUGCGCAACACCCUGCGGAUGCAUCUCUGCCAGCAUGGGGAGUACGAUAUUCGCAAGGCCUACGAAAUGGAGGAGUCCCCUACAGUGCCAGCAGGACAGGAAGCAGCAGGCUCCGCAGACUCGGCAACUGAGAAUCAGCGGGAUUCCGGGAAGGCAAGUGCUUCCAAUCAGGGUUCCCAGUCGCAGACACAGCAACCGGAUCCCCUGGAGCCGGGUCAGCACGUGCCCCACCCACCGCCGUUUAAAUAUGUGCCCUCGAAAGAUCGCUACCGCUGCGCCUUCGUGAGAUGCGGCCUGCUGCUUUCAUCGCAGUCAACGCUGCGCCAGCAUAUGAACGCGGAGCACAAAUACUCGGAUACCGUUAGCUGCCCGCACUGCAAGCAACGGUCUUGGAGCCAGGCUGGCGUAGAGAAGUAUCUGACCCAUUUGCUGACGCACAAACGGCACACCUUUGAGUGCGGCGGCGGCUGCCUCUUGCACCAGAGUAAGCGCAGCGACAUUGAGCGUCAUAUCAUCGACCGUCACUGGCAACAAAAUGUGGACGUGGUGGUACAUCGCCAUGAUGACACCGAUGGGUCAACAGCCGCCCGCUGGCUGAAGACGCCCAAGCUGACGCGCCACGUCAAUAUCAAGUUCACUUGCAACAUCUGCCUCCAGUGCUUCCCGACUGAAAAUGAAAUGAUACACCAUACGACUGCUUCUCACGGACGGGUCUUCCAUUACUACUGUCCUUACUGUCCCUUUGGCGCCCCGGAAGCUACUGUGAUCAUCGAUCACAUCUUGGCCGCGCAUCCGGGCCUACGCGUGCAGCCGUUUCAGGUGUUCUCGCGCAAGAGCAAGCAAACCAUCGGCUUCUACUGUUGCGUGUGCAACUUUUCGGCCAACAACCCAAAUGGGAUCAUGGCACACUGCGAAAAAAACCAUAAUACGCGCUUCCAGUGGCAAUGUCCCCACUGUGCCUUUGGGCACUUUGCAGAGCGGAACGUGAAGAAGCACAUUCAGGAAACGCAUCCGCAGCUAAACGGGCUGGCGGGGAUGAUGUAUGACCGCGUGGCCAACGAAAUGCCCGACAACAUCAGUUGGGAAGUGGGCCAACCUAUAGAAGAUGAGCCUGUGGCAGAGGAGCAGGAGCAUCAGCAGCAGGGCGAGCAGCAACGGGAUCAGCAGCCUAAACAGGGCCAUCCACCAGCAGAGCAGUUAACGGAGGUGGUGGACCUGCUAUGCUCGGACGACGAGUCGCAAGACCCCGGUGUAGCUCAAGUUGAUCCGAAAAUCAUGGAAUUCGCUUGCACGCACUGCGACAUGACGUUCAGCAACUUGGAGGACCUGCGCACCCAGCACUGGGCACUCAACCAUCCGGACCAGCCAUUUUACUUCCGCGUUCAGCCCCAGCUCCUCUGUUCAAUCUGCAAGAAAUUUAGAGGCAAUGCGAAGGCGUUGCGCGACGAGCACCUGUUCAAGGUGCACACGAUCCGAAACGUUAUAGCCGCGGACGUUCGGCAGCCAGGGGAGUGUGCCUAUUGCGACUACCGAUACACCGGCUGGGCUGAUCUGGCGCUCCACAUCAGUGGAAUGGGCCACAUGCCCAACGACCUUAAGUACGUGACGGAUGCAGAACUAAACUCCCUGCAGGAGCUGAGUGCCUGCAGAAACGGCGGGGCCAAAACCGAGUACUACCAGUGCGAUCUGUGCACCGUGCUCAUGCCCACGAAGGUGGCGAUUGCCCAGCACGGCCGCGUGGAGCACAACAAGCCCGGCGAGCGCUUUUGCUUUCGGCAGCUGACAGUGCCCGUCAUCUACCACUGCUUUUACUGCAUGUUCACCUCGUCCGACGAGCUGACCACGCUGCGGCAUAUGUUGGACCACUACACCCGCUUCCUGACCUGCCAGUUUUGCCAACGCCACCAGCCGGGAGGCUUCGACGAGUACAUCCAGCACUGCUACACCUUUCACCGUCACGACGUGCACCGCUUUCGUGAUGUGCACACGUACAGCGACCUGAGGAAGUUUCUCAUGCAGGUGCACUACCAGUUCCAGAACGGUCUGCUCGUCACGAAGAGCAGCCUGCGCUACACACGGUUCAAAGAUGAAUCAUUGAUGAUCAAGUUGGACGAGGAGCUGAUGGCCAAGGCCCAGCGCCCGCCAAUCCCCCGGCUGCACAUCAGACUCAAGUCGACGGGUGUGCAGGGGCGCAAUGUGGUGGAGGCUCAGGUCCAGGAAACUCCUACGUUGGUGCGGAUCGCUAAGCGGCGCAAGACACUGAAUCCGGACGAGCUGCUCCGCAUAUCCAGGCAGGAGGAGCGAAUGCAACAGCAGGAAUCGCCUCAAGCCAAUAAAAUAAUCAGAGUGGCCAACUGGGCCUCUGCGCUUGACGACACCCCCUCAACUUCGGCUGCUCCUGGCACCUCGAGUUAUUUUGCGGUAGCAGCUUCGCACAACCUGCACCGCCUCCAAAAACGGCGCAAUAGCUCUGCGGUCCGCCCCGGACCCCAAAGCUACGACUAGGAC